UGGAUGCAGACAUGUUUGGAAGACAAGACAGGGCUGCAAUUAACUGGAUUUAAGGCACUGUCUGCACUGAUUCAUUCAUCUAAAAGGGUGGGAAUAAUCUUUCACAAUAAUUCUCCGGAGGCUGGGCAGAGGUUUUGCAACAGAAGACACAAUUUCACAUGAGACUGCAACUAUUGUUUGGUCGAGGAAUCAGAUUACUCACUUUAUUCUUGACUUUAGCUUAUAAAAGAGAGAGCUUUUGUAGCUGCUGAUGGGAAGAAGAAGAAUCAAACAAAUAUAUCUCACAGAUUAGAGGAGACGCUCGACAGUUUACUGUGAAAACAGGACACACCCUGAGGGAGUGCGGUUCACUCAUACACACACUGCCUGAAAGCACUGCUUUCCAUGUAGAAAUGGCGGCGGUCUCCGAAUACCAGCGGCACUAUAAUAUAAAAGAUGAGCCGGACGGUGAAGACAUGCAGUCUGAAGAGGGAACGGAGUGGCUCAUGGAGCUGCUCACUGACGUGCAGCUUCAGCAGUACUUCAUGCGUAUUCGUGAUGAGCUCAAUGUCACACGUCUCUCACACUUUGACUAUGUCAAAAAUGAGGACCUUGAAAAGAUUGGCAUGGGACGCCCAGGUCAGAGACGGCUGUGGGAGGCAGUGAAAAGGAGAAGGGCAAUGUGCAAACGGAAGUCAUGGGUGAGCAAGUCUCUGUGCUUGGGUCAGCAGGUGUUCACCGGGAAGCGGCCUGACUCUGAUUCCCAGACCCCAGUGGUGUUCCGCAGCUCCUCCCCAUCCUCAACUCAACCAGACAGCCAGCCAGCCAAUCUCACCUGCCUCAUCAGUGACAGAGACAUCACGCUCUACGAGAAACUGGGAGACGGCUCUUUCGGAGUGGUGAAACGUGGAGAAUGGCAGGCCCCGUCUGGAAGAGUGCUGAGUGUGGCUGUGAAGUGCCUGAAGGCAGACCUGUUGGAACAGGAUGAAGGUCUAGAUGACUUCAUAAGGGAAGUUAACGCCAUGCAUUCCCUGGACCACCACAAUCUCAUUCGUCUCUAUGGGGUUGUCCUCACACACCCCAUGAAGAUGGUGACAGAACUUGCUCCACUGGGUUCUUUGAUAGACCGCUUGAGGAAGCGUCAGGGUCAUAUUUUGAUAUCAGUGCUGUGCCAUUACACCGUUCAGAUCGCCUGUGGCAUGGCGUACCUGGAGUCCCGACGAUUCAUUCACAGAGACCUGGCUGCACGCAACAUCCUUCUAGCCUCCAACGACCUCAUCAAAAUUGGUGACUUCGGCCUAAUGAGGGCCUUGCCUAAGAAUGAUGAUCAUUAUGUGAUGCAGGAGCAUCACAAAGUUCCCUUUGCUUGGUGUGCUCCAGAAAGCCUAAAGACCCGAACCUUCUCCCAUGCCAGUGAUACUUGGAUGUUUGGAGUAACAUUGUGGGAAAUGUUCACUCAUGGACAGGAACCUUGGGUUGGACUCAAUGGUAGCCAGAUUCUCCAUAAGAUCGAUAGGGAGGGAGAGAGGCUUAUCAAACCAGAGGACUGUCCACAGGACAUUUAUAACGUCAUGCUGCAGUGCUGGUCGCCUAAACCCGAGGACAGACCGACAUUUGUGUCCCUCAGGGACUUCCUGGUGGAGACAAUGCCCACCGACAUGAGGGCACUGCAGGACUUUGAUGAGCCAGACAAACUUAAAAUUCAUGCUAACGACAUAAUCACCAUAAUUGAGGGAAGAGCAGAGAACUACUGGUGGAGGGGUCAGAACAGACAGACCCUGAAGGUAGGACAGUUCCCUAGGAACGUGGUGACCUCCGUGGCCGGUCUGUCUGCUCACGACAUCAGCCGACCUCUCAAGCACAGUUUCAUCCACACAGGCCAUGGAGACACAGACCCUCAUCGUAGCUGGGGUGCCCCUGACAAAAUUGAUGAUCUGUACCUUGGUAAUCCCAUGGACCCACCAGAUGUUCUUGGCAUGGAUUCAAUUGCAGCCAAGCCCACUAAACUUCCAAACCGGGCUAAAAAACUACCUCCUCCUAGACCUCCUAAACCAGCCGUUCUUCUUAAGAAACCAUUUUACGACUCUGUGUUGGACGACGAUGAUGAUCUGAUAGUGACAGGCGUGAAGAAGCUCUCUCUUAAGACUCCCGCGUACCUGAGUUUGCGCCUCCGCCCUUGGGAAAGCACUAGUCCAAGCGACCGCCUUAGCGAAGUCUCGCUCAUUGACUUUGGAGACGAUAGUUUCAGCUCUACAUCACCUUCCCCCAUUACCGAGACACCCAACCCCAGCACAGUGAAGCCACCUGUGUCCUACGCCGCUUCUAUCUUGGAUAUGGCGCCGCCGCAGAGCCCCAAUCGAGCCCUGCCAAACCCCAUGCACCCUACUCCAGUGGUGGAUUGGGACAUGCGGCCCCUGCCUCCUCUUCCGGCAUACGACGAGGUGGCUGUUGAGUGUGCAGAGCAAGAAGACAUGGAAGUAAGCUCCAUAAAUGCAUCUGUGUCACAGGAAGACGUAGUGUCCAAACAGACACAAUCAGAAGAUGGCGUUAAAAUCGAUGGUAAACUCAACGUUGAGGACAAUCUCUUUCUACCGACCAAGCAUGCUGAGGAUACCCACUCCUUUUCACAAUCAGCAGACAUCUUCAAGGAGCUACAAAGGGAGGUGAUGGUGAAGCUUCGGGUCCCUCCAACCGGACGUUCCCUCCCUUCUUCACCGCUUCCAACUUCUUCAGCUCUCGUGCCACACCGCCAGAUCAUCCUGCCCUCCUCCUAUGAGGACAGGCCUCAAAUCCCUCCAAGAAUCCCCAUCCCGCCCAUGCGGCCCUCUAAGCGGGCAGGAAUAUACGGCAGCAGAUUGUCAGUUUCCCUUGGAGACAAUGAAGACGGGAGCCGAUGUCCACCUCAGAUACCCCCAAGGGAUCACGCUCUGUCUCAACCCAACUCUCGGGCACCAAGCCCCAUGGCGCCGCAAGGCGGCUCCCCUCAGCAAGGGUCCAGCCUCUGUUGUGUUGGAUCUCUGGGUUCUUGCCUGUCGCCGUCAUCGUAUUCUUCCGCGCCAUCCAGCUCCUCCACCAUGUCUUCUACGUCCACGGCCACCACUACAAGUUCUCAGUACGGCUCUACUCAAGUGGCCCAGACUCCAGCCAAGAGUCCUUGCAUCCUUCCUAUUGUGUACGGUGGUGUGAAGGCCAGCAGCACUCAUUACUACUUGCUACCUGAGAAACCGGCAUACCUGGACAAGUAUGACAGGUUCUUAAAGGACUCUGAGGGAAACGAGAAAAAAACUACAAAUAUGGCCACUGUGAGACCCAUGGUUCAGCAGCAAGUUAACAAGCCCAAUGCCUCCCCCAGCCACACCAGCGGGACCUCCAGCAGCCUUGCCUGGCCAAGCACCACCCAAGCAGGUGCCUACAACCGUGUAACGCUCCAACAAGUGCAGGAGGCAGUACAUGGAGUGACUGUAGAGGAGUGUCAAACGGUCCUUCAAGCACACGGCUGGAACGCUCAGGAGGCUGUGAAAUAUCUGAAGGUGGAGCAGUUGUUUCGACUGGGUUUGAAGGCUCGGCCCGAAUGCUUGGAAGCUCUGGAGAGAUGUAGCUGGAAUCUGGAGCAAGCCAGCACCCAAAUGCUGGACUCCUACGGUCCAUCUAGACAUAGGUUCUAAUGGCAGGAAGAAGAAGAACUGAUCUCCAUUCCACUGCAGCUAAUAAAAGUCGAGUUUCAUCUACAACUCAUUGACUCUGGACCAGUAGAUAUUUGCAGGUCAUUUGAAUAUUCAUUGCUUUACUGCUUAUAAUCAAUGCAAGACAAAUGCAAAAUUCACUUACUUGAAGUACAACAGUGCAAUGUGAACAGUUGAACCAUGUACAUCAGAUUGUGUUUUAUAUAUUUGCUUAAGUUUUAAAGUAGAGAAAAGUUCGCUUUUCACUGCAUUGUAUGUGACUUUCAGCCUGUAAAAUGUUUGUAGUUUAUUUAUUCAGAAUAUUUUAUCCAGGGGCAUAGGGGAUCAUCUGAAAAUUGGAGACACAAUGUGAAUCUUUUGAGCACAGCUAAUGAAUAUUAAUUGAGUGACGUGAGUUGUAAUGGUCACUAUGCCACUGAUUUUAUGUAAAGACAUUGCAGGAUAUACUACAGAGACACAAUAAUCUUUUGAAUGGAUGUAUUGACCAUUAAGGUGUGGUUACAUUUACAGUUGUUCUGUUGAUUUUCAUGGGCUAAAUCUGUGAUUUCAAAAGGAAUCCACAUGACCAGGAAUUUCACAUAAGAAAACACCUUAGAAAGCUGCUUGGUGUGAAAGUGAUUUCUGUGUAAAUUUCACAGAAACUUUGUUAAUGUAACCGCACCUUUAUGCUCCUAUUUAUGCAUAAUGCUCAUACAUCUGUUAACUCUCAUACAUGAUGUUGCAUGCAGAUUACAGGCCUUGUUGUUGCUUAUUUAAGCCUUUACUAGUUUUUCAUUCAUUUUAUUCUAUUCAGUGGUGUUAUAAUUAGUCACAGCCUUGGACGGCACAGCCACAGAUCACCCACAGUUGGUUAUAUUUUUAAAUAAUUUUAGAUGGUCUCAGGAUGAUCUCUUCCCUUCUAAGUGGGUGGUUCUUGGCCAAAAUAAGCUGGGAUGAGGACGAGAUACGUCGAUUUUUUUUGUGUAGCCAGAUAUAUGUUCUAUGUGCCAUGAUGACUGCAGACAAUACAUUUAUAAAUGCACCUACUAUAUUAUUAAUUUAUUAAUUUCCUUGUUAGUUGUUGGUCUUCAUUGUCUUUUUGAUCACAGGAACACUUAAGACACAAUGUUACUGUUCUCAGUUGUUGAUUUAGCUUACUUUUAAGUAAGUGGAACUUUGAACUCCAUUACGCAUUUUGCGAUUUUGCUCAGGUUCAUAAAUCACAGAAACCUCACUUAGUCUCAUGCGUGAAGAUGGGAAGUUUGUGUUGAUGAUAUUACAUUAUCUGUUACAUGAAUGGAACUGAAUAACAGCUUUUUUUACAUGCAUUUUUCUUCUGUCAGAACAUGUCAACCGUAUGUCACACAGACGUCUGGCUAAGCAAAUUGAGGCUUCUGCUCUGUGCUCUGUAAUUUUCAUCUGCCUCUUGUCCAGAUGCUCAGUAUUGUAGUUAUAAUUUACCUGCACUGGUUUUGUGUUCAUGUCUAUGCAAUUGCUGUUGCAAUUCAGUUUUUGGAAUAUAGCCUGUGUCAGUGCUCACCUCAUGUAGGUUGCAUCCCACUUAUUCUAAAGUGAAUGGCAGAAUGCUGGGCUUACUGUAAAAGCUUUAUAAAUGUUUGUUGUAUAAUUAUCUAUCUGUAUUUUUGUAUGAAGUAAAUAUUUAA